UCGCUGCAAUGAUUUGUUCCAUUCGCUGCUACUGUUACUCUUCUUAUCGGCUAUAAAAUGUCUGCGAGUGCUGCGUCUUCGGCACUCUGCGCUCCUUCCAGAACCUUCCGCGCGAAGCCCGUCGCGAGAGCCUCCAUCGCCGUUCGCAAUCUCGCGUUCUCCAAGAAGCUCCGCUUCGGCCUCAAUCCCGUCGCCAUGGCCGCUCGCAUGGUGGCCGCGCCCGCCGUCACUCCGCCGCCGCCGUCGCUCGACUUCGAGACCUCCGUCUUCAAGAAGGAGAAGAUUCACCUCGCGGGACACGACGAGUACAUUGUGAAAGGAGGCAGGGAUUUGUUCCCUCUGUUGCCGGGUGCUUUCAAAGGGAUUAAGCAGAUUGGUGUCAUCGGAUGGGGCUCGCAGGGACCUGCUCAGGCGCAGAAUUUGCGGGACUCGCUUGCGGAAGCGAAGUCUGAUAUUGUGGUUAAGGUUGGGCUCAGGAAAGGUUCUCGUUCCUUUAAUGAGGCUCGUGCAGCUGGUUUUAGUGAGGAGAAUGGAACUCUGGGUGAUAUAUGGGAAACUAUCUCAGGCAGUGAUCUUGUGCUGCUGUUGAUUUCUGAUUCUGCGCAGGCAGACAAUUAUGAAAAAAUAUUUUCCCACAUGAAGCCAAAUAGCAUAUUGGGGCUGUCCCAUGGUUUUCUUCUUGGGCAUUUACAGUCAAUGGGACUUGAUUUUCCCAAGGAAUUCAGUGUAAUUGCUGUAUGCCCGAAAGGUAUGGGUCCUUCUGUAAGGAGGCUGUAUGUCCAAGGCAAAGAGAUAAAUGGUGCUGGAAUUAAUUCAAGUUUUGCAGUCCACCAGGAUAUUGAUGGCAGAGCUACUGAUAUUGCUUUGGCAUGGUCUGUUGCCCUUGGUUCCCCUUUUACAUUUGCCACUACAUUAGAGAUGGAAUACAGGAGCGACAUCUUUGGGGAGAGAGGCAUUUUACUUGGCGCUGUUCAUGGUACUGUGGAAUCCUUGUUUAGGAGGUACACUGAACAUGGAAUGAGUGAAGAUUUGGCUUAUAACAACACAGUGGAAUCCAUUACAGGAACUAUAUCCAAAAUUAUCUCGACUAAGGGCAUGUUGGCUGUAUACAAUGCUUUAUCUGAAGAUGAAAAAAAGGAGUUUGAGAAAGCAUAUAGUGCUUCAUAUUAUCCCUGCAUGGACAUUUUGUAUGAGUGCUACGAGGAUAUUGCUGCUGGAAGUGAGAUUCGCAGUGUGGUCUUGGCUGGGCGUCGCUUUUAUGAAAAAGAGGGUCUUCCUGCAUUUCCCAUGGGUAAAAUUGAUCAGACCAGGAUGUGGAGGGUUGGUGAGCGUGUCCGAUCUACAAGGCCAGCAGGCGAUCUAGGCCCAUUAUAUCCAUUUACUGCUGGUGUUUACGUGGCAUUGAUGAUGGCCCAGAUUGAAAUCCUGAGGAAGAAAGGGCAUUCUUACUCAGAAAUCAUUAAUGAGAGUGUCAUUGAGUCUGUUGAUUCUUUGAAUCCUUUCAUGCAUGCUCGUGGUGUUUCUUUCAUGGUUGAUAACUGUUCCACCACGGCAAGGUUGGGUUCAAGGAAAUGGGCUCCCCGAUUUGAUUACAUCCUAACCCAGCAGGCCUUGGUGGCUGUGGACAACGGAGCACCUAUCAACCAGGACCUAAUCAGCAACUUCCUGUCAGACCCAGUGCAUGGUGCCAUUGAAGUUUGUGCGGAACUGAGACCUACAGUAGACAUUUCUGUGCCACCAGAUGCAGACUUUGUCCGUCCUGAGUUGCGUCAGUCUAGCAAUUAGAACUUGAACCAAUCACUCCUUGUCGUGAGCCAUCACCCUUUCGGAAUGCUUAGAAUAGCAGUUGUCUUGUUUGAAUUUUGUUCCUAUGGUUGAGUAUGGAAGUAUGUAAUUUCGCUGUGUAGUACUGAGAUUUUAAUAAGAGGAGUGUUGCUUAAUGCCGAAUUAGAAACGAGUUAUUAAAGA